UGGGGCGGCUGAGAGCGCAGCGCGAGCUCCGGGGAGACGCCGGCCCACUGCCCGCCCGCUCGCCGCAGGUAGGCCCGGCCCACAGGAGGUGGGGCGCGGCCAGGUAUCCCCAGGUAGCCGCCUCCUCCCUUCCUCCGUCGGCCGCUCCCCCGACCGAGGCAGGACCUCGCGCCGCGCGUGUUCCCCGGGAGCCCCUGUGCGGACCCCAGGCGCUUCCCGGGUUUGCGCGCGGGGGCCACCCAGACCCUGCGGAGAGCGAGGCCCGGAGCGUCGCCGAGAUUUGAGGGCGCCGGAGACCGAGGGCCUGGCGGCCGAAGGAACCGCCCCAAGAAGAGCCUCUGGCCCGGGGGCUGCUGGAACAUGUGCGGGGGGACACAGUUUGUUUGACAGUUGCCAGACUAUGUUUACGCUUCUGGUUCUACUCAGCCAACUGCCCACAGUUACCCUGGGGUUUCCUCAUUGCACAAGAGGUCCAAAGGCUUCUAAGCAUGCGGGAGAAGAAGUGUUUACAUCAAAAGAAGAAGCAAACUUUUUCAUACAUAGACGCCUUCUGUAUAAUAGAUUUGAUCUGGAGCUCUUCACUCCCGGCAACCUAGAAAGAGAGUGCAAUGAAGAACUUUGCAAUUAUGAGGAAGCCAGAGAGAUUUUUGUGGAUGAAGAUAAAACGAUCGCAUUUUGGCAGAAAUAUUCAGCUAAAGGACCAACCACAAAAUCAGAUGGCAACAAAGAGAAAAUUGAUGUUAUGGGCCUUCUGACUGGAUUAAUUGCUGCUGGAGUAUUUUUGGUUAUUUUUGGAUUACUUGGCUACUAUCUUUGUAUCACUAAGUGUAAUAGGCUACAACAUCCAUGCUCUUCAGCCGUCUAUGAAAGGGGGAGGCACACUCCCUCCAUCAUUUUCAGAAGACCUGAGGAGGCUGCCUUGUCUCCAUUGCCGCCUUCUGUGGAGGACGCAGGAUUACCUUCUUAUGAACAGGCAGUGGCACUAACCAGAAAACACAGUGUUUCACCACCACCACCAUAUCCUGGGCACACAAAAGGAUUUAGGGUAUUUAAAAAAUCUAUGUCUCUCCCAUCUCACUGACUACCUUGCCAUUUUGGUAUAAGAAAUUUGUGUUAUUUGAUAGGCCUGGUGGAGUGGCUCAUGCCUGUAAGCCCAGCACUUUGGGAGGUCAGGAGUUAGAGACCAGCCUGGCCAACAUUGUGAAACCCGGUCUCUACUAAAAAUUCAAAAAUUAGCUAGGCGUGGUGGGGCAUGCCUGUAGUCCCAGCUACUUGGGAGGCUGAGGCAGGAGAAUUGCUCGAACCUGGGAGGCAGAGGUUGCAGUGAGCUGAGAUCACGCCACUGCACUCCAGCCUGGGCGACAGAGCAAGACUCCAUCUCAAAAAUAAAA